AGGGAGGCCAAGAGGAGUGCGGCGGAGGCCGGGGCCGGGCACACAGCGCUUGCUUGCGGGGCUUCCUUGGCCGGCUCUUUCCCUUUCCCACCCACCCCAAAAUCCACACCUGCCUCCGCCAUGCCCACCAACUUCUCCGGCCAUUGGAAGAUGAAGAGUUCGGAGAACUUCGAGGAGCUGCUGAAGGCGCUGGGCGUCAACGUGAUGCUCCGGAAGAUCGCCGUGGCCGCUGCCUCCAAGCCAGCCGUGGAGAUCAAGCAGGACGGAGAGUCCUUCUACAUCAAGACCUCCACCACCGUCCGCACCACGGAGAUCAACUUCAAGAUUGGAGAGGAAUUUGAGGAGCAGACGGUGGACGGGAGGCCCUGCAAGAGCCUAGCCCGCUGGGAGAGUGACAACAAGAUGGUGUGCGACCAGCGGCUGCUGAAAGGGGAAGGGCCGAAGACCGGCUGGACCCGAGAAAUGACCAACGACGGGGAACUCAUCCUGACCAUGACGGCCGACAACGUUGUCUGCACCAGGAUUUACGUCCGGGAGUGAGAGGCCUGCUGAUUGGCCGGUGGGUGGGGAGAGAAAGAGAUGCCGGAGCCACGUUCACACCCACCCACCAAGAAGCGCCCCAGAAUCACAUUGGCCGGAUUUGAGAGCAACUUCUACCCCCACCCAUCUCAACCCGCCUCUCUGUCCAUGCUCAGAGGCUCUGCAUCCAGCAAGACGUAAGGGAGCAGCUCCUAGCUUCCUGCCUGUUCGUCACAUUCCCUUAGCCUUGAAAGGAAGAAACCCUCUCUCUCUUUGCCGUGUUUGCAGCUCCUUCUGUCGCACCUCAGGUUAGCUUCACCUCGCUAAAAUACAGUACACAGGUUAUAGUCUGUUGUAGUUUAUUGGAAAUGGGGAAAAGGAUAGUUCUUAAAAGGGAAAAGUUCAGUUGCAAAACAAGGCUGUAAGAAAUAAUCCAAAGAAACACUUGGCAUGAAACAAAGUCCUUUCAGUACAUGACAAAGUCCAAUGAGCGAGAAUACGCCAAGGCUACAAGACAACCCAGGGAAGCAGAACUUGCUUCUUGAUUCAAAGAGACAUUGCUUUGACAAAGAUUCCUCUCUCAGCAGACUGUUUUAAUAGCAUAACAUGAAGGCAUUCCUUUGCCCUUUGACCGCUCUCUUAUUUGCUAUUCUAAGACUUCUGCAAACCCCCCUAAAUUCCAAGUGGCCUGGUCCAGAGAUGCUCCAUCGUCAAGGCCAAACUGCUCGUUAGUGUUAUCAGGCUGGGAGCUGCUCUCCCUUCCUGCUUCUUGCACCUGGGAAACAUCAGCAUCAACAACACCAUUUCCUCCUGCGGGAAAACCUCCCUGUUCCCCAUCUUCUACAGCAAGAACACCCUGCACCUGAAUCCCGUAAGUCCCAUCAGAAUCAUCUUGAAACUUAUUGUCAAGGCCAAACUGCCCGUUAGUGUUAUCAGGCUGGGAGCUGCUCUCCCUUCCUGCUUCUUGCACCUGGGAAACAUCAGCAUCAACAACACCAUUUCCUCCCUGUUCCCCAUCUUCUACAGCAGGAACACCCUGUACCUGAAUCCCAUAAUUCCCAUCAGAAUCAUUUUGAAACUUAUCGUCAAGGCCAAACUGCUCGUUAGUGUUAUCAGGCUGGGAGCUGCUCUCCCUUCCUGCUUCUUGCACCUGGGAAACAUCAGCAUCAACAACACCAUUUCCUCCUGCGGGAAAGCCUCCCUGUUCCCCAUCUUCUACAGCAAGAACACCCUGCACCUGAAUCCCAUAAGUCCCAUCAGAGUCGUCUUGAAACUCAUCGUCAAGGCCAAACUGCUCGUUAGUGUUAUCAGGCUGGGAGCUGCUCUCCCUUCCUGCUUCUUGCACCUGGGAAACAUCAGCAUCAACAAUACCAUUUCCUCCUGCGGGAAAGCCUCCCUGUUCCCCAUCUUCUACAGCAAGAACACCCUGCACGUGAAUCCCAAAAUCCUCAUCAGAGUCAGUCUGAGGCUGAGUCGCAACACCUUUGUUGCCCGUAAGGCUGGCAAACCAGGCCCUAAGAUGCACCUGUCCUGCCGUCCGUUUGAGUUCCCAAAUUACAUAAUAUAAACUAGGAGAUUUGCAACUGUUCUGCCCAUGAUCCAUCCAAGCCUUGACCCAAAGCCUCCCCCCAACCGUAGCCCUCAAUUCCCCCUUCCUGUAGCAUAAGCAGAGAGAGGGCCACUUGCACCCAACGAGGGUCUUCUCCUCUUUCUCAAGAGCUUCUGUCGUAGACUUUGGAAGUAUUUAUUUGCUCCUUGUGUAACCAAAGACCAGAAAAAGGAACUCCCCGCCCCCCCAAAUCCUCAUGCUAGCGGUCUCCUUCUUUGGCCUUGGCCACCCUCUUUCCUGUCCUUUCACCACUCGUCUAAUAAAUGUCUUUCCAAAUCGA